GGAGGGGGAUGUUAAAGUUACAUUACACAAACACACACGGCGUGCCCCUUCAUUGAGAGCAAGGGACGGCAAUGUGCCUCUUACAGUCACUGUGGUAGGACGGGACUUUUGGGAGAGUUUUACAUGGUGGAAAGAAAGGAGCCCAACUGAUUCCCCCAGGACUUAAUCAGAGGCGACGCUAAACUGAAGAAAGUAGUCCCGCUGGGUCGCUGGCAAGAGGUACAUUCCACGGGGGGAUUUGUGGACAGGUCCCGUAGAGAGGAUAUGCUGUGCUGUGCCUGUCCCCCCUCUGUACGCGGUUGAGGUGACUCAGUUUUACCUGAGGGUCCAGAGGAGGAGGAGUUGAGUCCGCUGCCUGCCAGAAGCUCUCUGCGCGCUCCAAACUUUGCUCUUACUUGCACCCAGCUCGCUGCCAGUGUUAGCAGGGCAAAGCGAGGCUGCUUUGAGUUAUUUGUGUAGCCGCUUUAUUGAAAUUACGGCAUCCUUUCUGGGUUAGUCACCUGUGAGUCACUGACUGCAGAAAGCAGAAAAAAACCCUGUAAUUUGCAGUUAGUCACAACCAUAACAAACACUGUAGUUUCUCAUGUGAUUGCACACACGCUCUCGUCUGAAUGGGAACAGAAUGAGAUAAAAGCCUAUCAGUUGCGGGAGGCUUUGGAUACUGGGGAUUACAGGAGCCCCUGGACCACAGGAGACAGGAUUGGAGCAGAGCAAAGAUUUGCAGGACUGGGACUUGCAGCCUUGGCAGAACUUUUCAUAAGCAAAAGUGUCUUCCUAUGAAGAUUUGUGACCUUAUUUGACUGAUUUGGGGGGCACAAGUGUCCAGUCAGUCUUGGCAUUUCACCCUUGGAUUUUUGGGCAUUUUAGGGAGGGAAACUUUGAAGUUUUUUUUUUUUGGUGUUUGAUUUGUGACCUGUUACACAGAAGUCGUGUUGUAGAGCCAUGCCUCAGCUCUCUGGAGCAGGGGGCGGCAAUGGGGGUGGGGGGGAUCCUGAGCUGUGUGCCACCGAUGAGAUGAUCCCCUUUAAAGAUGAAGGGGAUCCCCAAAAGGAGAAGAUCUAUGCCGAGAUCAGCAACCCAGAGGAGGAAGGAGACCUCGCAGAUAUCAAGUCGUCUCUGGUCAAUGAGACUGAGAUUAUCCCCAGCAGCAACAGUCACGAGAUUUCCAGGAGAAGACUAGACUCUUACCAUGAAAAAUCAAGAGAACAUCCAGAGGAUGGAAAACAUCCGGAUGGAGGCUUAUACAGCAAAGGCCCUUCUUAUACUGGAUACCCAAGCUAUAUCAUGAUGCCAAAUAUGAAUAAUGAGCCUUACAUGUCAAAUGGAUCUUUGUCUCCACCCAUUCCAAGAACAUCAAACAAAGUCCCAGUGGUGCAGCCAUCGCACGCCGUCCAUCCUCUAACCCCACUCAUCACUUACAGUGACGAGCACUUUGCACCAGGAGUACACCCAUCACACAUCCCAUCAGAUAUCAACACAAAGCAAGGCAUGCACAGGCAUCCUCAAGCACCAGACCUACCUACAUUUUACCCAAUGUCCCCAGGAAGUGUGGGCCAGAUGACACCACCAUUGGGCUGGUAUCCACACCAUAUGGUUUCUGGUCCUCCGGGCCCUCACGCAACUGGAAUUCCUCACCCAGCUAUUGUCAAUCCUCAGGUUAAACAAGAACAUUCACACAAUGACCAUGACCUAAUGCACAUGAAACCACACCACGAACAGAGAAAAGAGCAGGAACCCAAAAGACCUCACAUAAAGAAACCUUUGAAUGCUUUCAUGUUGUAUAUGAAAGAAAUGAGAGCGAAUGUAGUAGCAGAAUGUACUCUCAAAGAAAGUGCUGCCAUCAACCAGAUUCUGGGAAGGAGGUGGCAUGCAUUGUCCCGGGAGGACCAGGCCAAAUAUUAUGAGUUAGCUCGCAAAGAAAGGCAACUACACAUGCAGCUCUAUCCAGGAUGGUCUGCAAGGGACAACUACGGUAAAAAAAAGAAGAGGAAGCGGGAGAAGUUGCAGGAAUCCACAUCAGGUGCAGGCCCCCCAAGAAUGACAGCUGCCUACAUCUGAAACAUGGAGGAAAGAAGAACACAUUCUCAACCUGUAAAACAAAGGCAGCAAGUGCAGGAGGACUUCUGGAGAUGGGCGCUUGUUAAAUUUCCCAUUGUCUCCAUAAGCAGCUCCGCUAUUCCCCUAGGAGCCUGCUAAUGACAUGGACGAGUCAGCUCAAGAGACAAUGUACUGCAUAGACAAUCACUGCCUAAAUGUCUGGAACCCCUGCCAUCAGCCUGGCCUCACACACCAGAUCCAUAUCCCCCCCCCACACGAAGACUUGGAUUAUUAGAGAAGCAAAGUUCCUCCUGUCCCAUCAUUCCCUCCUGGAGAAUUCCACAUGUAUGUGACGCUCCCCGCGACGCACAGAGCGCUGACCUUGGACAUGUAACAUGGAGGAGACAAAAACCUCUUUUAUUUAAAAAACGGAGCAAAUGGAUCAACUGUUAUUUCUUUUUCUUUUUUUUUUACCAUGUUAUUGUUUAUUCUCCAUGAAACUUGAAUGCUUUUAUAUAUCAGAUUUUAGGAACGAUGUCUAUUUUAUUAGGGGUUUAAGUCACCUUUUUCAGCAAAAAAAAACAAAAGCUUCCUGUUCUGGAUUUUUUUUUCUAAGAAAUCUGUUUUUCAUUUGUGUAGCUUGUGAAACUGCCCACGUGGAAUUCCCAUCAGUCUGUGCUCUGAGCAAGACAUCUAGUGUUGUCUGAGGCUUUCUUACAAUAGUAUUGUAUAGAGAGAGAUAUAUAUAUAUAACAUGCCAACAGUCACAUGGCUGCACAGGCGCGGCUGACUACCACAUUUCAUAAAUGACUGCAAUUGUGCCGAAGCUGAAAAACAUUGUUGCAUUCCCCCCCUUAAAACACAACAGCGCCCCCUACAGCAACAGAGUGUAAGAACAACCCCCUCUUUAUAUGUAAUUAACAUUCAGUCUUUUUUAGUUUAUGUUCUACAACAUCAGGCGCAUAUUUAAUGUAAAAGUUGUCUUUCCCAUUCCCAUCCGAUGCCCAAUCUGUACAUGGACCCAACGUUUACUCCUUCCCUCCAUUAAAAAGUAAGCCCAGCACUUGGAUUCAUUGUAACGAUGUAAAUUGUACUGUGUCGUAUUUGUUUUUGUAUGAUUUGCUUUUUGCUAGCCUUUAGUGGGAUUUGAUGCCAGUUGUGGAAUAAAACAGAUUGAUGUGUCCCUCUAUAAAACAAGGAGCACACUUUGCCAAAAUGAAAUUGUCAACAAAAUCCUUUUUUUUUUUUUUUUUUUUUGCCAUUCCAGUUGUGCUGAGCAGAUGUUUUUAAAAGGCUUUGUAAUAAAAUGUUCAAAACUAAAAAUGUUCUCUUA